AUGGCUGAAAAAUUAUCAGAACAACAAAUUGCUGAAUUUAAAGAAGCUUUCUCAUUGUUUGACAAGGAUAGCGAUGGCAAAAUAACCACCAAAGAGUUAGGUACAGUUAUGAGAUCCUUGGGACAAAACCCAUCGGAAAGUGAAUUGACAGAUAUGGUCAAUGAAGUCGAUGUCAAUUCAGAUGGAUCAAUUGAUUUCCCAGAGUUUUUAACUAUGAUGGCUAGAAAGAUGAGAGACACUGAUUCUGAAGCUGAGAUUGCUGAAGCUUUCAAAGUGUUUGACAGAAAUGGGGAUGGAAAGAUAAGUGCUGCUGAAUUGAGACAUGUGCUUACGUCCAUUGGUGAAAAAUUGUCUGAUGCAGAUGUCGAUCAAAUGAUUAAGGAAGCUGAUACCAACAACGAUGGUGAAAUUGAUAUUCAAGAGUUUACUCAAUUGUUGGCCGCUAAGUAA